AUGGAUGUAGUGCAGAAAGAACACAGCCGACUCGUCAAGAGAACUGAAGGUGCUCAAGGUAUCAAGAAUGUCCAGUCUGCAAUUGAUUCACUACAGUCUGCUCGCGAAGCCAUAGCUGCUGAUCCAUCCACUGCCUCUGCCACUCUAACCAACCUUCAGAGCUCGGUCAAAUCUUCCUUUGACUCUAUCAAUGACAGCUUGAAAGAAACUCACAGUGGUCUCAACAAGUACACCAAAUCUCUAGAUAAGUUGUUUAAGGAUCGACCGCUGCCUAGUACUGACGACGAUGGCCUCUCUACACACGAGAACCUGAUCAACCGUGCCAUCGCUAUGCAUCUCCUUCGCGAAGGCCAGUUCGGCGUGGCCGCCACCUUCCUCUCUGAGAUUGCCGAGCAGAAAGCUACAUAUCCAGUUUCCCAAAAUGGAAACGGUCCGACCAAUGUACAAACCAGCCUGCUCGAUAUGGACGAAGUCCCAUCGACUGAGAUCCGCAAACAAUUCGCCUCAAUGUAUUACAUCCUCCAACAACUACAAGAGAACAGGAACCUACUGCCUGCAAUCGAAUGGUCAAGAGAAAACCGCGAGGCGCUGGAAGCUCGAGGCAGCAACCUUGAAUUUGAGCUCUGUCGACUACAAUAUGUAUGGCUGUAUCAUGGCGGAGCCAACAGCAAGGGAGCCGCAGGCGGCUGGCUAGCUGCGCUCGAGUAUGCGCGGCGGGAGUUUCAUGUCUUCGUGCCUCGAUAUUUGAGAGAAGUUCAGCAGCUAGUCGGGGCAAUGGCGUAUUCGCCUAACCUCAGUGGGUCCCCAUAUGCAGCUCUCUUCAACACCAGCUCAGCUUGGGAUGACGUAGCUCACUUCUUUACUCGCGAGUUCUGUUCGUUGCUGGGUCUCUCAGCAGACUCGCCUUUGUACAUUGCUGCUACGGCGGGUGCGAUCGCUCUGCCAACACUAUUAAAGCUACAAACAAUUAUGAAGUCGAAGCGGACGGAGUGGACAUCUGACAAUGAGCUUCCGGUCGAAAUACCCCUCCCUCCCCAAUAUCUCUUCCAUUCUAUCUUUGUGUGUCCGGUUUCAAAGGAGCAGGCGACCGAUGAGAACCCUCCUAUGAUGAUGCCAUGUGGACAUGUUAUUGCGCAGGAAUCGUUGAAACGCCUAGGCAAGGGCAACCGGUUCAAAUGCCCAUAUUGUCCUAGCGAAAGCCACCCCACAGACGCCAUGAAAGUAUUCCUAUAG